AUGAUUGAGUGUAAAAGAGAUAAAGAGAAAUAUUCAACCAUAAAUUGUGAAAUAUACAUAAAGUUUUUUGAUCGUUCUGAUAUCGAUGGUUGGGAUUUGCGUCAAGGUAUGACCGAUUUGCUCGGUUACGAUAAUGUUCCUGAUCCAAAGAUUAUCAUUGCAAUUAUGUACGCUUGUAGACGUGUUAACGACUACGCAUUAGCCGUACGUUUUAUUGAAGCGGUUAAGAACAAAGCCGGGGGAAGAUGUGCCCAAAUUUAUCCUUACAUAAUCCAAGAGAUUGGUCCUGUUAUUUGCGAGCUAGGAAUCGAUACUCCAGAAGUUCUUGGUUAUGAUAAACCGGAAUUAUAUUUACAAGAUAUUUAUGAUAUUCAUUAAAGUCAAAACGAUUCCCGUUAAAUAAUUAUUAUAUAAUUUUGAGUUAAAUAAAAAGAAUUUAUAUUGUUGAA